AUGAAUAGAAAAAUAAUUGCAAUAUUUUUCAUCUUUUUAACUCUUGGAAGUAUUUAAGCAAAGGAAGAUUCAACUAAAUAAAUUAAAUGCUAAAAAUAUGACAAGGAUAAAAUCUUUAAUUGCAUAAAACUACAAAUAAAUACUGCAAUAGCUUACCAAUCUAUUUCUUCAUUUAGCUCAUUUAUAAUCAUAAAAUUAAGUAUAUGGCUGGCUGGUUUCACAGCAGCAGGUCCAAUUGCAGGUUCACUAGCAGCUUGGAUUCAAUCCUUAAUUGGAAAUGUAGUAGCUGGAUCUUUUUUUUCAUGGUUAUAGGCUGUUGCAAUGGGAAAAACAUUUUUAUUAUUUUUACCUAGUCUUACUAUUGGAACUAUAGUUGCCAUUAUCUAUUUAGUAUUCAAUUGUUUUAGAUCUGAAUUUUGUAUUUAAGAGUAAAAAUAAAAUGUGGAAUAAAUUCCAAAUCGUUAAAGGGAUUAAAAAAAGUAGGCAAAGACAAUAUAAUAAGAAGAAUAAUCAUUUUGGAGCUCAUCUGUUAAUAUUAUAAAAUCAGGGAUAUCUAAUACAUAUUCUACAAUUUCAAAAACUAUUUCAGAAGUCUCUAAUUAACUACCGAGCAUGCCUAAGGAAGUCUUAAAAUUUUAAAAAUAAAUUUAAUAAUUUUCUUCUGAUUAUUUGUAGCUUCCUGAAUCAAUUACUUAAUUUAGUAAUAGUGUUUUGGAAUACUCAAGUUAAAUUGCUACCUCCGUUCAAAAUUAGCUGAAGGAGAAUAAUAUUAGUGUUGAAAAUGCUUUUAACUAUUUAACAAAGACUUUUGAUGACUUUGUAGUUGGAAUGUAUGAUCUGUUUGAAUUUAUUUCGCUACAUAAAGAAAUUAUAUAAGAAUCAUUUGAGUAUAUUAUACAGGUUCUUGAAGAAUAAUAUACAUAAUAUUAGGAAUUUUCAAAAUAUGUAGAAAAUAGUAGAUAAUCAAAAAAAAAAAAUGCUUGUACGAAUAGUUUUAUAGAGUACCUUGCAAAUUAAUGA